UAAUUUUUUUCGUGGUCUCCCUUCUUCUUGCUUCCCACUCAGUGAGAAAUCCCACCUUAAUUCCAGAUCCCAUUUCAAUCUCAGAAAGCAAGACAUUUCAAGUUCCACCACAAUCCCUGUUCUCGGUUCGAUAUACAAAAAUCUGAACUGAACCUCAAUGAGGUAUGGAGAGAAACGUUUGCUGGGAGUGAAAAUAAUAAUUUUGCACUGAUUGUUCAUUGUGUAUUCACCUCAUGAGAAUAUGAGAAGCAUGACAGCGAUGAGUUUGGGCAGACGAAUUGGCACAGUGUUAAAGGAAGAGCUGAGAAGUAAGGGAGAAUGGCGCGAUUCUCUUAUGGCCGCCGCUUUUCGUGCUAUUGCAGAAAGAAUCCCGUUGGCGAAUCUCGUCGUCGAAGUUAGAGAUGCAAGGAUUCCCCUGUCCUCCGAAUGCGAGAUACUCAGAAACUACCCACUUCCCCAUAAACAAAUCAUAGCGCUCAAUAAAAUGGAUCUUGCGGGUGCAUCGAAUGUGAAGGCAUGGGUGGAAUAUUUUAGGGAAAGGAAGUGCAUAUCUUGUGGAGUCAAUGCUCAUAACAAGGAGAACAUCAGACAGCUUCUAAGCCUUAUACAAUGCCAAGUGAGAGAACUCAAGAAACAUGAUCAAUGUGACAAUAAUUAUACCGCUACAGUAAUGUUGAUUGGGAUUCCAAAUGUUGGUAAGUCGGCACUUACCAAUGCUUUGCAUCAAGUGGGGAGAAUCAAUGCAGCAGAAAAAGGAAAGCUAAAGCAUGCAACUGUGAGUCCAGAACCAAGAGUGACUAAAGAUAUUCGAAGUUUUAAGAUUGGUAGCCAUCCCAAUAUUUAUGUGUUAGACACUCCAGCUAUUUUAUCUCCAAAGGUUCCUAAUGCUGCUGUUUUGUCUAAAUUAAUUUUAACAGGAGCAGUUGAGGAUUGUUUACUCAGGAGAAAAGAAGUUGCCCAAUAUUUUCUGGCUAUACACAACUCCAGUGACCAAUACAAGAAAUGGGCAAAACUAUAUACGAAGGAUAAUGAUAGAUCAUUCCUUAACGGCAUAACAGAACAGUUGACUAGCUCCGAGUUGCUAAUGAAGCACAAAAGCCAAACCCCGACAGAUCACACACAGGACUGCAUAGUGCAGGAUGUUCGACGGAUACUUUUUGAAACAAUUUCAUCUUUGGAAGGCGAUAUAAAAUGUGAAGAUGAAAUGCUUGCUCUCAUUGAUAGGCAGUUUAGUGCCUUGCAGGAAACUUUCCAUGUUUCAGUUGAAUGUGAAGAAGAUGCUCAUGACAAGGUUGCUGGGAAGUUGCUUAAUCUUUUCCGUACUGGCCGUAUUGGACAUUAUAUUUUAGAUCAUCUUCCUGGAAAGAUUCAAUGAUACCCAUGCUUCAUGGAGGAGCAGGUCAUUUUGUCUCUUUUCAUUUUACCUCUUUUUUUUUUUUUUUUUUUUUUUUUUUUUUUUUUAAUUUAUUNUUUUUUUUUUUUUUUAAUUUAUUGUAACUAUUUUUGGUCAGAAGUUAGGAGUAACUUAAGUAUAUGUAUGGGUGUUAUUGGAUAAUUCCGUUAAGAUCUUUUUCUUUC